UCACCAUCAUUGCUUCCCGAUCACGCGCUUGUCGUGGGUCGCAUCCAUCAGGCCGCAAAUCAGCGGCGGUGAUCGCGCGCCUCUCCCUCGCUCACCGUCGACCGCCCCUCUGUUAGGGUUUUCCCAGCAUCGCCCGUAUACCCGCCGGCCGGCCGGCCGCCCUCCCGCCACCUUAGCCUCUUCGGUCGCGGACCCCUAGGGCCUCGUGAUGUACGGGCAAGGAGCCGUGGAGGAGGCCGCGGGUGCGGAGAAGACGGAAGCGGCCCUUGCCGCGUCGUCCGGUCGGGAUCACCUUACGGAUGCUAUGGAUGCUGCCGCGCCGCUCAUGGACGUGGCCUCGAACCAGCUCACGCUCUUGUUUCAGGGAGAGAUUUACGUCUUCGACUCGGUCUCGCCCGAGAAGGUACAAGCCGUGUUGUUAUUACUAGGAGGAAGUGAAGUGCCCAUUGGCAUGGCUUCCAUGCAAUUACCCUCUCAGCAGGAUGAUAAGGCUUAUGACUAUAUCCUUCGUCGAGCAGAUAUUCCUGCAAAAAGGAUUGCUUCAUUGAUAAGGUUCCGCGAGAAGCGGAAAGAAAGGAAUUUUGAUAAGAAGAUCCGGUAUACUGUACGCAAAGAGGUUGCUCUCAGGAUGCAGCGAAGAAAAGGUCAGUUUGCAGGCAAGGCUAAUCCAGUGGAUGGAGCAUCAGCCUCUUCAUUUGGUGAACCAGUUCAAAGCUCAAUUCAUGAAGACCUUCCUAGAGAAUCAAAAUGUCAAAACUGUGGAAUCAGUGAAAAGAUGACUCCAGCCAUGCGUCGUGGACCUGCUGGACCAAGGUCGCUUUGCAAUGCUUGUGGAUUAAUGUGGGCAAACAAGAUGCCAACCUCAUUGGACCCUAUUAUUCUGCAGGGCACUCUGAGAAGCCCAAAGGCCAAGAUAGGUACACCAAGCACUUUGAAUCCUACAGAGCUUGGUCAAACAAUUAACUCAGAAUUGAUUUGCAUCGACAGUCUACACACCGAUGCAUCCAGUACUGAGAUACUAGGGGAGGGUGUAAUAGUAGAUGUACAGCAGGCAGACAUGGUAGAAGAACUGAAGGCUGAAUAUGAAGAUAAAACUGAAGCUGGUUACAUGCGCAGACGAAGCACGAGUUCAGAAGAACAUGCUGCUACUUUCAAACCUCUUCUAACCUUCCAACACUUAACAUCAUUAAUGUAAGGAGUUGUAAUUCAUUCCGGCUGCGCCUUUAAACUUAAUCUUUAUAGUUGUAGUUCUACUAGAACUUACUCAUGUUGUAGGGAUGAAUUCGAAAUUCUUCUUUUUGUAAUCUUUUUUAAAGUUCUGUAAUCUCUUGGUUUAUAGGUGAACAUGCUUCAUUCAAUGUUUGAUAGGCAAUUAAGAUUUA